AUGGCUCACCCGACCCGUAUCACAGUCCUAAUAUCCGGCUCCGGCAGCAAUCUCCAAGCCUUAAUCGACGCCUCCCACCCACCACCCCAACCCCCCAAACUCCAAAACGUCCAAUUCGUCCGCGUAAUCUCAGACAGAAAAUCCGCCUACGGCCUCCAACGCGCCGAAAAAUCCGGCAUACCCACCGCAUACCAAGGCAUAAUCCCCUACCGCAAAUCACACCCGGACGACGAAGAUUCCGCCCGAAAAGCCUACGAUACCGACCUCGCACAUUUGGUCCUAUCCGACUCCCCCAACCUCAUCAUCUGUGCCGGUUUCAUGCGGAUCCUUACUCCGAACUUCCUGGACCCUAUCACGGAGGCGGGAAUUCCGAUUAUAAAUUUACAUCCUUCGCUGCAUGGCGAUCUGGUGGGGGCGCGGUGUAUUGAGAGGGCUUGGGAGGAGUUUCGGGAAGGGAAGAGGACGAAGACGGGGAUUAUGGUUCAUUAUGUUAUUUCGGAGGUUGAUGAGGGGGAGCCGAUUUUGCAGCAGGAGAUUGAGAUGGAGGGGUGCGGGACGUUGGAGGAGUUGAAGGAUAGAGUGCAUCAGGCGGAACAUGUGCUUGUUGUGGAGGGGGCGAGGAGGGUGGUUGAGAAGGGGAGGGCGGCGUGA